GAAAAUAUGAGGAAGAGACAGAGAGCACUGUGGACAGGUAGGGCGAAACACACCAGUUUAAGUGAGGAUUCUCAGAUAUUUUGCGAUGAAAUAAAACAACCGACAACACUAAGAAAAGAAAAAUAAUGAUCAUUUGUUGACGAAAUGAAGAAAAACAGUAUGGCAUGUGAUGUGGAUUAUCUCUAGGUCUAUCGAUCCUAUUUGGAAUCAGUUAAUUUGUUGUUGUCGCGCAUAACCGAAAGCUGGGUUCAUAAAUAAGCAAGAUCGUGGCACCAGUAGACUUUCGGUCAUUUUGUUGACGUGCUGUGGUGCCCUGUAGGGUCAUGCUGAUGGACCAGGACACUCAGUGGCUGUACCACCUCCUGGCCGAGGUCCAGUUGGAGAGGUUCUACCUGCGUGUCCGGGACGGCCUCAACAUCACCCGCAUAGAGCACUUCAACUAUGUCAAGGAGUCUGAUCUCGAGCAGAUCGGCAUUAGCAAACCAGGACAGAGAAGAUUAUGGGAUGCUGUGAAACGGUACAAGAUCACCAUGAGACCAAAGUCAUGGAUCACCAAGGUCUUCAGUGGCCGUGGUCCGGAGGGCGGUGACCAAUGGGGCAGUAUGGGGCAGGGCCAGGAGACAGGAGGGCGGGCACUCACCUGUCUGAUUCAGGACAGUGAACUAUCUCUAGGGGAGAAGCUAGGCAUGGGCUCCUUCGGUGUGGUGAAGAGGGGAGAGUGGCAGACCCCCACUGGGAGAGUGCUGCCAGUUGCGGUGAAGACUCUGAGGAGUAGCCUGUCCAGACAGACAGACACGCUGACAGACUUCCUCCAGGAGGUGACCACCAUGCAGUCUCUAGACCACCCCAACAUCAUCCGCCUCUACGGAGUAGUGCUCACACAGCCCCUGAAGAUGGUGACAGAGGUGGCAUGUCUGGGAUCCCUGUAUGACACGCUGCGCUCUCGUCAGUACGAGUACCCCCUGGCACGCCUCUGGCUCUUCGCCACCCAGAUAGCAGCAGGCAUGGAGUACCUGGAGGGUCGCAGGUUCAUUCACAGGGAUCUGGCUGCCCGGAACGUUCUCCUGGCAUCCAGGGAGAUGGUGAAGAUCGGGGACUUUGGGCUGAUGAGGGUCCUGAGUCAGGAGAAGGACCACUACAUGAUGACGGCCCACAGACGCAUCCCCUUUGCCUGGUGUGCCCCAGAGAGUCUGCGUUUGGGCUCCUUCACCCAUUCCUCUGAUGUGUGGAUGUUUGGGGUCCUCCUCUGGGAGAUGUUCACCUAUUGUGACGAGCCUUGGCUGGGGUUAUCUGGCAGACAGAUCCUGUGGAGGGUGGAGAGGGAGGGAGAGCGUAUGGAGAGACCCCCUGACUGUCCUCAGGAACUCUACUCUGUGAUGAGAAAGUGUUGGGCCUGCACCCCAUCCGACCGACCCACCUUCUCCCAGCUCACCACUCUGGUGACAGAGGCUCAGCCUAUAGAGGUGCGUGCUGUGAGGGACUUUGCGGAACCUAGGAAACUCACUCUGCUAUCCAACGACCUAGUGACCGUCAUAGACCAUGGUCUGGAGCUGUGUGAGUGGAAGGGUCAGAACCAGAGGACCCUGACGGUGGGCUGGUUCCCCCCAAGCCUGGCUGCCCCCAGCAGCACUCCUGCUCCUCCCGCUGCCCCUGGUCCUCCCGCUGCCCCUGGUCCUCCUGCCUCCAGCCUCAUCUCUCCCCCUCUGAAGGGCAGUCUGCAGCACACAGGGCAUGGAGACACCCACCCCGACCGUAGCUGGGGAACCCCGGAGCGCCUCGAUGAGAGCGUAAACUGGAGGAGCGGCCCAGCAAACAGAGAUCGCGAGGAAGAGGGCUCCAACUUACAGAAAAUGUCAGGUAUGACCAGGAGUCUGGAGUCUGUUCUGAGCGAUCCCCAGAGCUGGACUCAGACGGUAGUAGGGGUCAGGGUGGACCCCCGUCGUGGACCCGUCCCCGCCAUGGGGGCCCACAGUGUGGGGAUGCAGCAGGACAUCCGUAGGUUCAGCGAGGCCAGCAUCAACCCCCCGGCUCGCCCGCCCCCACCCAACCCCAAAAACUUCAAGAUCCCCCAGGUGGUGAUCCGAGAUCAGAGGCCUACUGCAAAUCCAGCCCCAGGCACCUCAUGGCCUCCACAGCCUCCAACACAUCCACAGCAGCAGAUGCUACAGCCAGCCCAGCCUCAGCCCCAACCACCGCAGACCAUGGGAGGAAGCAAUCUGGGCAAGAUGGCCCACAUGGCACGGUCAACACCAACACUGGAUAACUAUGGGGACAAUGAGAGGGAUCAAGAAAAGGAGAGGGUGGUGAGGGAACGAGAGAGGGAGAGGUACCCGCCUCAAGUGCAACGCACCAGGGAAGCCGUCAUAGCACAGGUCAUGGAGGCGGUGCAUGGAGUAACCAAUGAGGAGGUUCGUAAUGCACUUCGCCGCAAUGAGUGGAACCCUGUUAGGGCCCAGCAACAACUAAAGAUGGAGCAGCUGUACUCUCUGAGCCUGUGUUCUCGUGACGACUGUGUCAUGAUCCUGUCCCGCUACCAGUGGAAUCUACAGCUGGCCAGUCGCUACCUGAUCAGAAUGGUACGGGAGGACAGGACUGGAGGAGGAGAGAGGAAGAGGAAGGAUGGAGAGAGAGGGACACCCCCUGUUGCCAUGGCGAGACGAGGAGGAGUAUGAGAGGUGGAGGGAUACUGGAAACAACAGACAAUAAAGCUUUACAACAUUUAAGAGGAACUGACAAGGAAUUUUAGGAAUUAAAUGGAUGGGAGGAGGAUAAAAAAGGAAUUGAAUAUAUAUGGAGUGAACCAUAAAGACGUUACAGUCCUUAAAUACUAUUUUAUCCUUUUUUUUACAGUUCUGUUAAACAUCUUUUUUUGUGACGAACUGCCCACAUCCUCUCUGUUCUCAAAAAUAGUUGUAUCAUGAUAAAUAUGUAUAUAUUGUAUUAGCAUUGAUUAUAUUUGUUGAAUAAAUUGUUGAUACAAAAUGUGCAUGAGCUAGUGGUGUACAUGUGGCUCAUGCCCCUCAAUUUUACAAAUCAUUAGAGCUGGGAUGUCGUAGAAUCAAGAGAAUAUACAGUGUGAUGUAAUUUCCUUUCACAGGAAGUGUUUGGCAUUUCUCACUGCCUUGACUUUCUAAUUGACCUCUGGUUGUGAGCUUCCCAUUAUGCUGUCUAUAAAACUGGAGCAGGAGGAGGUUACAUGGGGCUGGAGAAUCCAGCACUACUAUGGAGCUGGCCUUAUGUUAAACUGUACUUCAGCAUGCUUCCAGCAAGGGGGGUAAUGAGAACACCUCCCUUAUGUUGUGAAACUGCCUUACUCCUUUCAGGCCCCCCUGGAACUUUGCCACUAUUUUGUGUUUGAGGUUUGAACCGUCAACCUGGUGACCAGGAUCUCUUUCAAAUCAAGCACGACUCUGUGUAAUUGAGAUUGACAAUCACAAUAAACGAAUUGAUCAUGCUUUGAAACCACAA